CGAAGAGGGGCGUGGCCUAGACGUGGCAGCUACCAGUUCCCCCAUCAAGAGAAGAGAAUUAUGGCUGCGGCCGCCGCGGACUCCUCUUCGGGCGAGCCUGCCUCUUCCCGGCCGUCCCUGCACAUGGCUGCGCUGGUACUGGCUCGCGGCGGCAGCAAAGGGAUCCCGCUGAAGAACAUUAAGCUCCUGGCCGGGGUCCCGCUGAUUGGCUGGGUGCUGAGGGCAGCCCUCGACUCGGGGGUCUUCCAGAGUGUGUGGGUUUCCACAGACCACGAUGAAAUUGAGAAAGUAGCCAAGCAGUUUGGGGCAAAAGUCCAUCGAAGAAGCUCAGAAGUGUCGAAAGACUCUUCUACCUCCCUGGAUGCCAUCAUAGAGUUCCUUCAGUAUCAUGAUGAGGUUGAUGUCAUAGGAAAUAUUCAAGCAACUUCCCCUUGUUUGCAUCCCACUGAUCUUAUCAGAGUGGCCAAAAUGAUCCAUGAGGAUGGCUUUGAUUCUGUCUUCUCUGUUGUAAGGCGGCAUCAAUUUCGAUGGAGUGAAAUAAAAAAAGGAGUAUGUGAAGUGACAGUACCUCAGAAUCUGAAUCCUGCCAAACGCCCCCGGCGACAGGACUGGGAUGGGGAACUCUAUGAAAAUGGUUCAUUCUACUUUGCCAAAAGGCCAUUGGUUGAAAAGGGAUAUUUGCAGGGUGGGAAAAUGGCUUAUUAUGAAAUGCGUGCCGAGCAUAGCGUGGAUAUAGAUGUUGACAUCGACUGGCCUAUUGCAGAGCAAAGAGUCCUGAGAUAUGGCUACUUCGGUAAAGAGACCCUGAAGGAGGUGAAGCUGUUAGUUUGUACCAUUGAUGGAUGCCUCACCACUGGUCACAUCUAUGUCUCGGGAGAUGAGAAAGAGAUUCUUUCGUACGACGUCAGGGAUGCUGUUGGCAUUCAUUUGCUUCAGAAAAGAGGUGUUGAGGUGCGGCUGAUCUCCGAGAGGGACUGCUCAUCUAAGACUCUCUCCGCCAUGAAGUUGGGCUGCGCUGCGGAAGUCAGCGUGGCCGACAAGCUGCAACUUGUAGAGAAAUGGAGGAAGGGAAUGGGACUGUGCUGGAAGGAAGUGGCGUACUUAGGAAAUGAAGAGUCUGAUGUUGAGUGCUUGAAGAAGGCUGGCAUGAGUGCUGUCCCUGCCAAUGGCUGCCCAGCUGCACAGAAAGCCACAAGCUACAUUUGUAAAUGUAACGGUGGCCGAGGCGCGAUCCGGGAGUUUGCAGAGCACAUAUUCCUCCUAAUGGAAAAGGUGAAUUCGGCCGAAAAGAAAGCUGUGAAGCUGCCACCACCACCCUUGGGGAAGAAGUCUCCUAAUCAUUCUUUAUCAUUUACUCACUGAUUGGUUUUUGACAUUUCAGGAAUCCCAAAAGGCAUUCUCAGGAAAAUUUUUAAAAAGCAUGGCGUUUUCAGGUGUUUAAAUAGAAUUGUUAUUUUUUUUCCUGUUGCAGUCCCAUGCUGGUGUAAAAAGCCAGUCAGAUCAAGCCAAUAUUGCCGUCAAUAUAGCUCAACAUUGGGAUUACUAAAACUUUAAGAAAAAGUGUGCGGCAUUUAUGCCUGCCCUUCUUAGAGGCCUGGUUUUUGACAAAUAGGUUUUAUCAAAAUACAUUUGGCCAAAUUCUGCACAAAAAUAGAACUAAUAGGAAGAGAUUAUUGGUGGUAGGUUUUUCUUUUUAAGUCAGCUGUAGGAUUGUAUGAAUGAUGCAUGCUGUUGUAUGAGGAGUUGGUUUGAUGGGCACAAGGGGGAAUUGUUUUAGAAGUCCAGUUCCUUCCAAGGAGCAGUCUUCUAGACAGGAAAAAGUCUGUCCUCUCCUUUCUAGUAGGAAUAUACACCCUCCACUGUGCAUAUCUCAAGUGUGGUGCAUCUGCAGCAAUAUAUGUCUAAGGACUCUCAAGUUUGCAAGAGACCAAAUCCCGCCCCGUUCCAGAUGGGACAGACAAAGGGGAAGUGUCCGUGGUUCAGUGACAGAUUGCAUGCUUCGUGUGCCAGAAAUCUGUGGCAUCUCCAGUUAAAAGGAUCGGGCAGCUGGUAUCGUAAAAGAGCCUGAGUCCCUCGGAUGAUGAUCCUGGGCUAGAUGUACACAGCAUCUGAAAUAAGGCACCUUCCUGCGAGGUCAGUGAUAUGAAGUUCAUCUUGAGCCACCCUCUGUUUGGUUCUGUCUCCAAGGUCAGCCAUCACCUUUUUGAACUUUGCCACCAAAUUUCUUCUACUGAUGUUGCACAUUCCUACCACCAGCCCAUAGACUGUUCUACCUUCUGAGCCUGGCCAUCAGAUUGGAUGCUGUGUUUCUCUACCCUAGGCCUUCUCUGUUAUUGGACAACCAGUUUUUCUGGAGUCUACCAUUUGGAGGAGAGGGCUUGCUUAUGAGAACAUUGCUCCCCUUAGGAACCCUUGUUGUUCCUGCCUCACCACACACUGAUGAAGGGAGAAGGGGUUGCAUGUUGGGUGCAGGCUAGGUUGAGCACUUAUCUCCAAGAUGCUGAUUCUGAAUUGGCAGGGGUUGGUUUAUUUAUUUAUUUCAGCAUGAGGGUCCAUUCAGACGUGCAACCACACACACUCACACACACCCCUCUGCAGCCAGAUGUCGUUCAGUCUGAGAAAUUUUUUCCCUCCUGUCUUUUGGGCUGAACUUAACAAGAGGAUAAGUUCUCAGAAACCACUGACAGUGCAAGGUGCUGCGCUUGUUCUAAAACUUCUUGAGGCAUCCACUAGCUGCUGUGCAUUCAAAGCUUGCAUGCCAGUCAACUAUGAUCUGGAAGGCUGUGCUUAUGUGCAAAUGCUGCACACGCGGAGACUUGGAUCCACCUCUACUUUAUGUUGUCCAAAGGCUGGUUUCAUAUUUAUACAUAGAUCCAAUAUGCACUGGAUGAAGAAUCUCCUUUGCCAUCUAUUUUUUUCUCAAAGUAGCCUUUGGGCAAAACUGGAUCUGUGGACGUGCUGAGCUGUCUUAUACCGAUUCAGGCUCUUGGUCCAGUAUUGACUGCUCAGUACUAUGGUACAGUCUGUUUACUGACCAAGAUCCAGGUCAGAGAUGGGGGAUCUCUGGCCUUCAGGUUGGUGUUGGACUCCAGCUCCACCAGCUCUGGCCAGUGGUCAAGGUUUAUUGGGAAAUGUAGUCGAGCAACAUUUGGGGUGGGGGCACAGGUUCCCAGAUCCCUGAUGUAGACGUGGUACAUAGAAAUCAUGAGUUUUCUCUCAAGGUAAUUGGACUUCCACAGUGUUGCAGUUAUUUGGUGCAACGUGGCAGCUUUAUCGAAAGAGAUGUUUUCUGCAGAGGGCAGUUUCUCCAUAUUAGUGUCUCCAAAUGAUAUAUCCUCUUAUUCCAUAAAUAUAACAGCUGUGCUGCUUUUUCCUUUUUUUAGACCACUUCAUACUGAUCAUGAUUAUUCUGUCCUAUUUGGUUUACAAUGUGCUUUAGGACUUUUAUUUUCCCUUCCACAAAUGUUUGGAGGAUGGUUACCACACCUCACUGAGAUUUUUUCCAUGAAUGCACGAGUAAUUAUUUCAUAGUAGAACUUUUCUAGUAAGCCAGGACUUGAUGAAUAGGAACAUUUGUUUUAUCUUUCUUUUACUACCUGCCCACGGCAUCAUUUAGGCCAGGAUAAGGAACAUCUGUGGUCCUCCAGAUGUUGCUGGACUCCCACCUCCCAUGAGCCCUAGCCAGCAUGGUCAGAGAUUACAGGAUAUGCCGUCCAGCAACAUCUGGGGGGCCACACUUCCCCAUCCUUGAUUUAGACCUGCAUCUCACAAAUUACAGGUGACUGGGCAAGCCUGUAUCUGGUCUCUACCACAUCAGAGUUCUGGUGGGGAUUCUCAUGGUGGAAUGCUCCCUCACUCUCAACAUGCCAAAAACAAAAUUCAUACAGAAAACUGGUCAAACAAGUGAAUUGGCCCGUGCUUUCAAUAAGAAGGGUUGUAUCCACCGUGAUACUAAGUUAAACUCACCUAGCAGUAUACGUGGUCCGCUGACGCAAUGCAUAAGUAGCUUGCUGGUAACUUUGUUGCAUCACAGCUUGCACAGUCUGUGGCACAGCAAGUUUCUGCUAGCACAGCUGUGGCAUUGGCUUCCUCUGUUGCACAGCAUUAAAACUCACCCGUCUGCUAGUACAAGAGCAGAGGACACUGGAUACAACCUUAACUCUUACAAGUCAGCCAGUUCACAUAUCGCAGCCACCCAGUGUUGCACACAAACCGUGGCUGACUGUGAAUGAGCCAUGUGCUGGUGCAUGCUGUUCAAAUGACACCAACUCAGCUCCUCCCUUGACCAACCAGGUAGGAAAGAAAAGUGCAGUGUUUGCUUCUCUCCAAACAAGUGCAAUUGGAGCAGCUUAUACCGGUACGCUGCUCAUUUAUGGGAAGCUACAGUUUGUUUUGUAACUCUGGCUUAUGAACCAGGCCAGUGAAUGUAAAAAUGCCAUCAACCUUCUCCUUUCCUCUCUCCAUGAUGAGGUCAGCCUUUUUACUUUGUCUUGAAGCAAUCUCUCAAUUUUCCACCAUCGGCCAAAUCCUUCCUUCCUCCAAGCUGCCUUCCACCCCAUCUUCCACCUCAUUCUUUGUUUCUCUCUCUGUGUCUCUGUACCCCUCUAGUCAUUGUUUUUAUUGUGCAUUCCUGAUGUGUUGCAUUCGUAUUGGUAUUGGGAUGGUAUGCGCAAUCCCACUUUCAGUACAGUUUGCACUUGCAAAGGUUUCGGGGCAUUUCCAGUCAGUGCAUGUGAUGAAGUCCUGUAACUCGUCAUACCACAAAUGUUCUGUUUAUUUAUUUAUUGCCCCACUUUUGUAGUGCUAUAGAGUGGUUCCCAAACCAUUUUUUUCCCCCCGUGGACCACUUGAAAAUCAGCGAAGGCCUCGUUCGGCCAGUUAAUGAUUUUUGGCCUGUUGUAACAAUUGUAAUGUGCUGUGUUGGAUGCUGUAUGAUUUUUUAUUCCUUCGUUUGUUUUUAUAUGUUGUGUUUUAUUGUAUCACACUUUGCGUUCCAUAGAAUUCAAAGGGUAAUGCAAUAAAAUCCAAUAUAAGAAAUGAAACGGUAAAAAUAGAAUUUAUAAAAAAAAUCAACAUGAAAAUUUAAUGUGAUGGAUGUGAUGUCUCCCAUCUUCAACCACAAAUCCACACACACCCCAUGGACCACCUCAAUGAAGCUCGCAGAUCUCCAGUGGUCCAUGGGCUACAGUGCAAGAGCCCCUUUCCACACAGCAACAGUGCAGUAACAUUGGGGAAGCAUCCCAGAACAACUAAUAAACGUGUGGACUAUCCAGUAUAAAUCCAUUACUAAUGCAUUAUUGUUGUAUCAAUGGCAUGUUGCAGAAUGCACCCACACACACACAAAAAAAAGUGUCCCAAACUUGUCAUCUUUCUAAAGGUGUUGCACUGGAAGGAAAAACCCACUACUGUAAUCAGAGUAUAUGCAAAUGAGUUAGUUUAUAUUUGCUUCUAGCACUGAUGGCUUUUCAACGAAUUUGGAAUAGCCUGGUAUGAAAUGGAGUGAAUUAAGGCCAGAUGGGAGGGGAGAGGAAUUGAUGGCCAUUUACUACCAAGGAACAGUCUUCCUUUCUCGUGAGUCCUCUGCAAUUAACGUGGGUCCUGGAUUAUCAGUUGUUGAUGAUUUUGCUAGUGGAAAGGUGGGCAAGGAAUUUACUUUGGAAUACUCGUGAAUGGAGGGUGGGGGGGGUACUAUUUCCUGAGGGUUGUAUUCAGAAAUUUGCCAGUUGCUAAGAAUUGCAGGUGGGGAGAACUCCCGUAUGGCUUGAGGGCUAUCCAUGCACAUCUGGUUGGCCACUAUGAGAACAGGAUGCUGGAUUAGGUGGGCCAGUAGCCUGAUCCAGCAGAGCUCUUCCCAAUCUCUUAAAUAUAGGACAUAUUUUUUCCAGUUGACAAGAUUCUGUUGUUAUUUUUGUUUAGUAAAUUUCUGGGGCUUAAAAAUAAAUGUAUACAAUACUGCUCAAUUGCUCUGCUGGCAAUACUGAUAGCAAAUAAUUUUUGGAAUUGAUUUGCCUUGUUGAUUAUUUAUAUGCUCACAUAAUGAGUUACCAAUGUUUAAAAGAAAUCUUCAUGAAAGUAGGCGUCACUUUUCUAUCCAAAAAUAAAAAGGGUAAAAACC